UAUUGAUGGUAAUCAUGAACGGAGUCACUCCAAGGAAAUGAUAUUCAAUAUUAAAAGUUAAAAAAAUGGAAUUGAUAACUGUAAUGCUGAACACUGAUGCCUAGCGGUAAUUUUGAUAUUUUAAAGUUUAAUUUCAUUUUUUUAAAAUUUAUUAUUAAUUAAGGAUAGAUUUUACUUUAUUUAUGUUAAGUAAGUGUUUCGAAGCGGUUUUUUCUGAUAUAGUUAUAAUUAUCUUACUUAGUCAAUCUUAAAAUUAAAAGGGAUCGGAUGGACCGUACGCGACUUCUUCCUAUUCAAGACUCAAGCUACUCCUUGCCUUAGCCUUAGCCUUAGACUAAGACUUAGACUUAGCACUUAGACUAGUUGAACUAUAGUUAGUAAUACUAGAAAAUAUAAAUGAAAGGACUUCUUUCAAGCUUAGUAAAUGAAUAAAAUAGCAAAACGAGGUAUGUGUGAAGCUUGAAUAAAUAAGAAUAAGAUAACAAUAACAGGACAAAAAACAAGGACAUUUCAUUUCGACAUAAAGCCUUCCUCAGCCAACAGUAGAAAUGAAAAUAUAACUUCUUGAGUUGUCUACUGUGCUCUAUUCUUUGUUUUUUGUCCUGUUAUCUUAUUCAAGCUUCACACAUACCUCGUUUUGGUAUUUUAUUUAUUAGUAAUACUAUUCAGACUCUUACUCACAAUCCGACUCUCAUUGACUCUGACUAAGUUUAAGGAACUAACAAUUAACAACUAACUUCUAAACUAAUAAUGUCAGAUACUAAAAUUAAAACGGUAAACAAUGGGGACGCCUGACACUAUUUUAUCGAAUUUCGCAAAUGUAUCCCUAAAUCAAUCCCUAUGCCUAACCUGAACCCUAAAUCGAUCCCUAUGCCGAUGCCUAACCUAAACCCUAAUUCACUGCAACUAUAAUAAACUUACAAAAGACGCCGUGGCAGCCGUCCUCGGAUUUAGCCAUUAAAACUAAGUCUAAGUAACCUAUUAAAGUAAAAGAGGCGGCAAUCCUCCGAAGUCCGGUCCCAAAUUAUUUUGUAUGAAGAAAAUUGGAAUACACAGUUUUUAUUGUUAGAAAAUAGUUGAAAUGUCAGUCAUAGCUUUUGCAAAUAACUGUCACUUUACAAACCAGUCAGUAAAUACUAAAUGUUGUAAUUGGCUCAUAGCAUUUGCAAAUAGCAGCUGAAAUUGUUCUGCUUGUUACUGUUACGCUACUGAAAGGCCCCCAUGUAGUUGGCAAACAGACCGCGACUAGUACCACUCUGAGAGCGAAGUUUACGUUUCACUUGCAUCAAAAGUCCUUCAAUAGCUUUUGUGUGAAUGUCCUGGUCUACUGAAUCAACAAAUUCACGCGUUUGCACAAUGACAGCGUGGGCAUAAAUCUCAUUGUUGAGCUGAGCGACAUUUUGAUAUCCUCUCCAAGCGUUCAUGACGAUAGGGUCCUUGGUAACACAUGAUUAGUGUUAAUGCGCUUGAGUGUUUGUGCAUCUCGAUGUCCAACAACCUCCAUCUAACAUCGUCCUCUACCACGCUCAACCAAGCAGACAACCCACUUAUCAACGCGUCCCUGUCCACUGUUCUAUUUUCUAUGGAAAAAGUAACUCAUCCAUCUCAACAAAAACAGACUGGCAGUUUGCAUCAAAGCCUCCCAGCAGUUGAUUGGUUGUCAGCAUCCAUUGACAGAAAUCCUGACAAAGAUAAUUGUUAUAGUUGAUGAUAGUGUCCCAGCUAACUAGGCUCUCGAACAACAUAACGUGUUUGCACUUGACUUCAUAAAUCUAAUAAUACAUGAUAAUAACUGUUUUUCACUUGUUAGAUUGCAAUUGGCAAAGAAUGACCCAGUUCUAACACUACCGCGGGUGUUGCAUGGGUAACAACGCCACUAAAAACCGUAGUUGCAUUCCGCACGAGCGACUAACGCCAUUGUUAUUUUUGAUCAAGCAGUGUCGGCCCAGCCACUCCAACCAUUCAAGCUUGUUUGACAUUACAGCAUACAACUCACAUGGAGUUACUUCAAUUCUGCCCUGUUGUGCUGCUGGAAAAAUAAUCAAACUUAUCGUUGCGGCUGGUCUACCUGCCAUAAUUUAACAAAUUUAUUGAAAUGUACACAAACAUGAAUUCCAAAACAAAAUGAUGCCUAAGACUUUUAAGUAAGGAGUAAUCAUUGGAAAUAAUUUGGUACUGGACUUCGAAGGAUGAGGCUAAUUAAAUCAUUUCAAACUAGGUUCUUCGGCUUGGUAAAAAAAUUUAAAAAAUUCAAAAUAAUUUUUUAAAUAUUACAGUUAUUUAGAGCAAAUUUCAAAUAAAUAAAUGAAAUUAGAAUAAACUUUUUAGCUUUAGUAAUUUUUAGCUACGAAUUGUUAAAGUGUGAGUUCGUUUGGUAUUUUUUACUAUGAAUGAAACCUCCACAUCUUGUGACCUCUUUCCACAGAUCGGGUCAUGCACAAUUACUAUAUAGUUUAUAUAAGACAACGCAUCCCCUUAUUGCAAAAAUAAUGUUUAGGGACUAUUUAUUUUGCACUUUCAACUUCGGCACAUGACUAAUUAAUUAAAGCUUUCCCUAACCAAUGAUUUAAUAGUUUUUGCACAUGGCAAACUUUUAUGAAUAAAACUCUGUAAUAGUAUACUACGGUAUAGCCAAUAUGCAAGUAACUGUGAAUGGCUGCCCAUGACAACGUUUUGCACACAGCAAAUUAUUAUCAAUUAUAAUACAAAUUUUACUGGGAUUUUUAACCUCAAAUUAAAAUAUUAUUCUUUAAAUAACAUUUAAGCUCAAUCUAAAACAUAACUUAUAAAUAUUUUGAUGUAAAUAGUGGUAAUAAUUAAAUAUUUCCCAAGUAUCGGCAUCUUCUGCCAUUAAAAAGGGGACAUGGCCCACUCCAUGUCGAAAUUAGGCAAAGCGUCCUUAUGGUAAAACAGGUUACUGGGACAAGCGUAGCGAUCGUCAGACACGACCUACAUCAAUGAAAUUUGGCACACAUAUACAUCAAUAUAUAAUGCUUUUCACAAUUUAAUAUGAAAGACCUAGAUGCCUUAUAUGAUUUUUAAAACAAAUUUCGAUCAAAAAGGCAAAACUGUAUGUUGGAAUGUAGGUCAAGAUGUCCCCUAAUGUGGAAGGAUACUACAAUUUUAUGACAAAAUAGUCCCUUAAUCAACGGAAAUACCCAACGUCCAAAAAUUAAAAAUUUUGAUUCUUCUGUGCCGCCGCCCAUUUCCCAUACAAAUUUUGAAGUAGUCUCCCUUGCUUUACCGAAGAACCUAGCUCAGAAAUGGACUAGGCCUUAAGACUCAAGCUUUUUAUUUUAUUACAGUAUACGUAAUAAUUAUUAGACUAAUAAAAUAGCAGUCACAAGGGACUGAGUAAUUGCUUACCCAAGUGUUCCAUGCCAACCAUGUAUGCUAGUUUUAACUGAAAUGAAUGAUUAAUUUGAUGUAUAAUAAAAUUUUAACACAGAGACCUAAUUUGUAAUCAAUACAUAUUUUAUAUUGACAAUCAUGGAAAGAGCCUUUAAAAUAUUUCCAAAUUUCUAAUAAUAGGCCUAUAUUAUAGUUUAGGCCAAUUAUAUUUAUAAAUGAAAUAAAUGUAGUAAUAUGUAAGUGAAUUAAAUAACAAUUUUGCCAAAUAGACUGUACUUGAAUUCAAAUUCAAGCAUUCAGAAAAUUUUGAAUAAAUUGUAAUAAUUUUUUUAUUUAUAUUCAUACAUGUCAAAGGGACAGCAGAAGAACCAGUUACAACAUAAUCAUGCAUUGCAUGUACAAGCAAAUCCACCCAGCUACUGGAAUAGAACAUUGCAUUUGUGCCCAUUUCUUUAGUUGGGAAGAAAAAAAUUUGAUUGUCGCUGGAGUAAAUCAGUUGCAUGUGUAUCGACUCAGUUCUGAACCUGAGGUCAGUUAUGUUGUUAAAAAAAUUAUUCUUAAAAGAAAUUUUUACCCCAAAAGUUAAAAUGAUGAAAUUUAAAUCACUGAACAUCAACUAUUAAUUUAGGAAAUUAUUUAAAAAAGAGUCAUUUAUUUGAAUAGGUUUUAAAUAUCUAUAUUUUGUUGUUAUAUUUCAAUUUGAAUCAGGUAAGCUAUUACUUGAUAAGGAAGUAAUGAUGUGGUAAUACUUAAAUGUAAACUUAUCCUUAAUUUGCUAUUCACCAACAGCUGGUCAGCCCAGAUGGCUUACUUGUUACUGAACCUGAAAAAGGUUAGUAAUAUUUAAUGACUUUGUUAUUUUUCUUAUAUACCAGUUUCCUGCCAUAGAUAUAUGUUGAUCUUUGAAACAGUAUCCAAAUAUCUCUAUAUAACCAUUAAUAAACUGAUUUUUUAUUUGUAAUUUUUGUCUUCUAGAAGAUGUAAAGACUCGUCUUGAGUGCUUGGCUUCAUACAGUGUCCAUGGGAAUAUACAAUCGCUUGCAGCUGUCAAGCUUGCUGGUGCAAACAGGGAUGUAUUGCUUCUCAGCUUCUUAGAUGCCAAAGUGAGUUGCUUGUUCACAAGUGUAGAUGAAAAUAAUUUUGGUGCCUUUCUUCUUUUCUCAGGCAUCUGCAUAUGUUUUUUUUCUUCAAAAACUAACUAUAAAGCCCCUAUAAAAAUGUUCAUAAUUGACACCUAAAAAUCUUUAAAGAUAAUUUUAACCAACUCCCUGAAGUUACUAAUGAGGUGAAUGUUAAUUACUUUUUAAAUAAUUUUUUAUUUUUUAAAUAAAUUCUUGUUAAAAUUGCUGAUGGGAGUUUGCAAUAUUAUUUGGUAGUUAAAAAUUUUAGGUCAAAAUUAGUUCCAUUAACAUUUUGAAAUCCUACAUUUCUACAAGUAAAUACUGAUUCCUUCAAACAUUAACACUUACUCAUCUACAGGUAACUGUAGUCUUCAGAGCUUGACACUUAACAUAACAUUUAUCUUUAGAAAAAAGUAUUUAUAAAUUGUCUUUGCCAAUCUUAACUUUCAAAUAUUCCAGCUGUCAGUGGUAGAAUAUGAUCCCAGCACACAUGACCUUAAGACCUGUUCAUUGCACCAGUUUGAAGAACCUGAGCUGAAGGUAAGCCUAUCAAUAGCUCAAAAAUAUUUUUUUUUCAAACUUUACACUUUGACUUAAUGAAAUACUCCAAGUAAAUUAUUUCUUGUUAACUCUUAAAGAAUCAGGCGCUCUACAUAAGCUCUGCUGUUUUCAGAUGUAAAUCUACCUAAAGUUGACUGUUUAGGGACUUGACAAUAUUUCAUUACUUUUCUUUUUGGUGGUGGGGGGGGGGGGGGGGGGGGGCGGAGUUUUCACAGAUUAAUUUUUCUUAUGAAUUAUUGUAAUAGCUGAUAUACAAUCUUGAGUUUCGUUAUCAUGUUAUUUUUAAAAUAUCCAUUCAUAAUUACAGGGUUUGUUAAUUUAAUAUUAUUUAUUGAUAAAUUUUCAUUCAUGUAAUUUAUUUCUAGAGUAAAUCAAAUCAGCAUAGUUUUCAAAAAAAAAAAGAUGGAUAGCUUCAUGUAACAGAAAUACAUAAUUAAUCAAUUUCCAUCAUUAUAAGAUAAUAAUUUUUAUAAUUUCAUACAUUUUUAGGGUGGUUACCACAGCAAUAUUCACCUUCCCAUUGUCCGUAUUGAUCCUGAUGGACGGUGUGCUGGAAUGCUUAUCUAUGGGACACAUCUGGUUGUUCUACCAUUUAGAAAAGAUGCUUUAAUGGACGACCUGGAUUCACUUUCAGGUAGUGUUGGGAAGUAAGUAUAUUGUUGAAAUUUUGAAAGCAUCUCUAUAUGCCUAUUUCACAUAGUAAUAGUGUAUCUUUCACAAUAUUUUAAGUUGACAUAAUAAUAAGGAUUUGGUAAAAUCAAACUUAAUUAUUUUUUUAUAACCCUGCACACAUUUGAAAAAGAAAUUAUGAUUUAUUGCUUUUGUGGUUGAGACAUCCAAUGAUUACAAUUUAUUUAAGUGGUAUAACUGGGUUGUCUUUCUUGAAUUUAACGCAUAUGUAAUUUAUACAAUAUGUUCUUCUGGCGUUGCUAUAAAAUAAAAUGUAUUUUCUUCAGGUCUCCUAUUAUGUCCUCAUAUACAAUAGACCUCAGAAAAAUGGAUGAAAAGAUAAUAAACAUUUUGGACAUCCAGUUUCUUCAUGGUUACUUUGAGCCCACUGUUUUUAUACUCUACGAACCUCUUUCAACGUGGGCAGGGUAAGUAACAUGUGUGUAUGUAUCGACUCAGUACUGAGUUGAUAAACUUGAAAUUUUAUAAUGAUAUUUAUGAGAGACUUGGCUGUACAGUCUCAAGUGUCUUUUCUACCAAAGUAAGGUAGCUUUAUAUCUACAGUGUGAACCAAAUAUGGAGAUGCAAUGCACAUUUUGUUAAAAAUUAAAAAAUUUUUAGAGAAGGAAAAGGGGCUUUGAAAAUCAAAAGGCUAACACAUUAGUAGAAAGUAAGCAUCCUGUUGUCCAUAAAAAGCUAUGAAGCUAAUUUCACCUACUGCCUGAAAGACAAAAGCAUAUAGCUAUUCAUGUUUUUGGUGUCAUUGUAUAUUGCAAUGAUUUAUAGAAUAUACUUUUUUUAAUAUUAUUGGCAAGGGUUCUUCAUUAAAAAGUGUUUUUGAUUUUGUUUAUGAUAUCUAGGAGAACAGCAGUCAGGACGGACACAUGUUGUAUAGUCGCAAUCUCAUUGAAUAUUCAACAAAAAGUGCAUCCUGUCAUAUGGUCCCAGGCCAGUUUACCAUUUGAUUGUUUUAGUGUAGCACCAAUACCCAAGCCCAUCGGUAAGUUGGAAUGAAGUGUUCACACAGAUCGUUUGUAGAAUGUUGUGAGCACUAGUUGAGCGUGAAUAGCUGUUGUUGUUGGUUACAUUUUGAUUGCAUAGUUCGACUUUCCUGCAGGUGGAGUGCUCAUUUUUGCUGUCAAUUCUCUACUGUAUCUCAAUCAAAGUGUGCCACCGUUUGGUGUUUCACUAAACAGCAUUGCUGAAUCAUCAUCCGCCUUUCCCCUUAGUAAGUUUAAAUAAACUUAGUUUGAGUUAGAUGAUCUUUCUUUGCAUUUAAGUUUACUAGAAACUAUUACACAUUAACAGAACUAAAGUAGGGGGUGUUUAUAACCAAUAAAAAUUUAACUUAUCAAAAAACUACAUCGAUGAUUACUGAGCCCUUGAAAAAUGUUCAUGCUCAAAGCUUUAUACCUACAUUCUCAUAUCCAUAAAGCUUUAAUUUACUUUUAUUAUUUUUUUAGAAUAGAAGAAACAUAUUUUUUUCUUUUAACAGAAUCGCAAGAUAAUGUUCAAUGUACAUUAGACUGUGCUCGUUUUGCCAUCAUAUCUAACGACAGAUUGGUGCUGUCUCUUAAAGGGGGAGAACUGUGAGUAUGAGGUCAAAUAAGUAAGAAAAUUAAAAUGUUCAGGAAAUUAAACAUCAUUUGUGACAAAUUAUUUUCUCAAUGUUAGUGCAGAUACCUCUAAACGAGAGGCACCUAUGUGUAAGUGUAAUCCCAGGGUUGGCAGUCUCCAUCUAUAAGCAAAUUCAUUUAAAAUUAUUUUUUAAAAUUAUAUUCUUUAAUUAACAAAUUGUCUGUAAAGAAAAAAUUCAUCAAGAGAUACUUUCAGCCUGUUGGUUUGUAUGUUUAUAAGGUAAAAUAAGACAAUCUACUCUACUGCUUAGAUUUGUUUUUAAAAUAAAAGUAAAUAAUUGUUUUAAAUUUCCCAAAAGAUAUGUCCUGACAUUGGUUGUUGAUAGAAUGAGAUGCAUGAGAGACUUUCACUUUGACCGUGCAGCUUCAAGUGUCCUUACUACCAAUGUAAGUUUUUGGUUCAUAUUCUUUACUGCUUUAGACCUCUGUAGAAUGUAAAAAAAAAUUUUUUAAAAUGCAUACACAUCUUUGGUGAUGUGCGUUUUUUCUCCCUUCUUUUUUGAAUGGGGGAUGAGGUGGGGGGGGGUGGAGGGGUGGGUGGCACACCUGUGGAAGUUGGAGAGUCUGUUAAAAAGUAAUAUAAAUUUAAAAAAAUGUUUAUUUACCUUUCAAUUCUUGAAAAUAAUCUAUCUGCUCAUUGUACCUGUUUUUAAAUUUCUAUUUAAAUUAUUAAAUUACUAUAAUACUUUUGAAAAGGAACAUGAAAUGUUAAGAUAAACAAUUUGAUAGAUUAAUAAUUCGAUAGAUUAAUAAUUCUUGUCUGCAUAGGAACUAUAAGCUGUUUCAACUUCAAUCCUAAGGAGUUCCCUUUAAAAAAAAACAACAACAAAAACACCACUCCUUAGUGUCACUUAAACUAUAUUCUGGUUUGUAGUUAAACAGAUGCACAAAUACAAAAAUACUAUUAAAUAUUAGCCAGUUUACUGAAAGCAUACAAUUUUAACAUGACGUUUUCUUCUGUAGUUAACCUUCUUUUCAAAAAAACAUACCAGUUAACUGAAAGCACACAAUUUUAACAGAAACCCAUAAUGGCCAAUUACAGAAAUGUUUUUUUUGGUGUAAAAUUAAAUCAUUACUGUGUUAAAUUAUUUUUGUUUCAAAUGAAACUGACUAAAAUGUAAUGUGACUCAGAAAACCAUUUUUCCAAUUAAUGAAUAAAUGAAGUUCAAGCUCAUAUGGAAUAUUUUUAUCUUUGAUAACAUAUAAAAAUUAGUGACUUCCCUAACCCCAUUGCCGGAACGGGACGCAGUUAAUGAAUUUGUUAAUUUUAGAUGUGUGUUUGUGCUGAUGGGUAUCUGUUCCUGGGCUCUCGACUGGGAAAUUCACUUUUACUGAAGUACACAGAAAAGUCUUCAGGGACUGUCAUACAGGCUGAGGAGAAGAGAUCAGGGGUUUCAACAAAUAAGAAGAGGCGAGUGGAGGGUCUUGAACAGCUAGGUAUUUCAUCACCUCUAAUGCUCCUGUUUUUAGUGUAAUCCAGGGCCUUGCGAAGCUGGCACCUCCCUCGGGCCCUAUUUUUAAAAAGGUGAAAAAAAUCAUAUUUUUGUUCAUCGAAAAAGUGUUUUAAGCUUAUCGUUUUUGGGAAGAGGGGGCCAAAAUGCACGCUUUGAUCCUGGGCCCAGCAUUUGCAUGUCAUGGCCCUGGUGUUACCUAGAGAUGGGGGCUUAUUAUUUUUUUGCUUUUCUCCUCUCCAUUCACUUCAUGACUCUACGCAUUUUGAGACUUGUAUCCUGAGCUUCUGGACAUACCUUUGGAAUAGUCAAUUAAAUUCUUCAUUUUCUUCCAUGUGUUCCAUAUGACGUUGUUUGUCUAAACCUUUGAUAAUUUUGAGCCUUUUAGUCUCUGAAUUAGGGUUUCUAAUCACAUGUCUUGGACGACUUGGUGACUGAGUUUGUAAUCCAUUUUAUUUGAUCGGCAGCGUCUGAUGUGUCUGAAAUAGAAAAUGAUGAUGAGCUUGAAGUUUAUGGAGCAUUUGAAACCCAACCAGGAACCAAGAUUGCAUCAUAUACUUUUGAGGUGAGGAACUUGUGAGCUGUUCAUAUAGUAAAUAAAUAUAUGCAAAUAUUUAGGCAUCGUAGAUUCAUCAUCUUGGUGGUGUCUUCCAUUAAGUAUCUAUAAAUAAACAUCUUGUAGUGUUCUCCCAUAGAUUAAUUAUCUUUUGGUGUCAUCCCACAGUUAAAUUAUCUCUUUGAGUUAUCAACUUUUCCCAACAUCUAAUAAUCUGGAGAAAAGCACCUGUAUGCUUUUCUUAAGUAGCAAUCCUCAUCUGAACUGUUUAAAUUUAUCUUUAAUUGUUUUUCCAAUAUUGUGAAGGUUUGUGAUAACAUCUGGAACAUAGCACCUUGUGGACAGGUUGCCAUGGGAGAGCCUGCAUUUCUAUCUGAGGAGUAUAGCUCUCAUAUAGACCCUGACUUGGAACUGGUUACCACAUCUGGGCAUGGUAAAAAUGGAGCUAUAUCUGUCCUUCAGGUGAGUCUGGUUAAAUAAGGCUAAUAUUUAUAUUAAACAUCAAACAAUAAACAAUAAUUAUUACUUGUAUUACUUGUUCCCAUCCGCAUUUCAAUAAUUUGAAAUGGUAUUUGCAUAAUGAGACACAUAUUAAAUGAAUUAGAAUUUCCUUUAAAACAUAUGCAAUAUUUAUAUAUAUGGAUGGGACUCAUUAACCUUGGAUAGCAACUCUUCUAAGAGAGGGCAAAAGUGAAAUUAAACCUGGAGAUGGAGUCCCGUAGGUGUUUUGACAUUGUGUGACAAAAUCCCACUGAUCUUUAAAAUUUCAAAAUAUAUUUAGAACACCUUCUUAAGAAACACACCCCCCCCCCUUCCCCACCUUCAAAAAAAAAUACUGUUCAGCAUGAAUUAUAUAUAUAACUACACUUCUAAAUCUAAAUAGUGAAGUUUUUUUACUGGGACCUUUAAAAUUUUAAUUCUUCUGACUAUUUAGUUGGGAAAAAUAGUGAUAUAUGCAGGCUAAAAAAGAUACAUAAAUUAUUAUGCAUUCAUCUGUUUUAAUGAAAUGGGAUAAAUUCUAGUUAAACUUUUUAACAAUUUUAACCACCCCACCCAAAAAAAAUAAUAUCUGCGUCUACAACUAUUCUAUCUGCUUAGGUUGACCUAAAUGUAACUUGUGCACCACCAGUAUUAAAAAAAAAAAAAAAAAGGGAAAUCUGAAUUUCAAUAUAUCUAAAAAAUUAAGGACAUGGUUAAUGAGCUUUCAUAUGUGAUUGAAUUUUCAGCAUAGCAUUCAAAAAAAUAAUAUCUGCGUCUACAACUAUUCUAUCUGCUUAGGUUGACCUAAAUGUAACUUGUGCACCACCAGUAUUAAAAAAAAAAAAAAAAAAGGGAAAUCUGAAUUUCAAUAUAUCUAAAAAAUUAAGGACAUGGUUAAUGAGCUUUCAUAUGUGAUUGAAUUUUCAGCAUAGCAUUCGACCUCAGGUGGUCACAACAUUCUCACUCUCUGGUUGUAUUGAUAUGUGGACCGUUCACUCAGCCACAAGCCUAAAUGACACGGACGAGGAUGCCCAAGAAACAAAAACUUCUAGUGCAGACAGUGCUCAGGAAUCUGCCGUUGGUGGUGGUCACGCGUUUUUGGUCCUUAGCAGGCGUGAGUCUAGUAUGGUGAGUAUUUAAAUAUCAUUUUAAAAGAAGGAGAAAGAAAAGAUUUGGUGAAUGUUUAGCUAAAACUUUUGUGAGACUUAAAAUUCAACACAGGAUAAAUAUUUUAUGACCAGCAACAUGGGUGGUAACUCUUCUACCUUGUCCACUGAGUUCUCCUAGAGAGAUAUAAUAUAUUUAAUAUAAGACUAGUUAUAUGUUGGAGCUCAAUUUGAGACAAACCAAACAACAAACAUCUUUGUAUUUGCACAUAUAGAAGUAUGCAAUAAAAAAAAAAAUUAAAUGUUUUAUGGAUAAUAUCAGUGUAAAUUUUAGAUCAGACAUACCACAAUAUCAUUGCUGUUUUAAUUCUCUGAUUUUUCUUUGAUCUUACACAAUUUAGACCCUUUUAGAGAAUAUUUAGAGAUGUGUAUCUAUUAGCCUGAUGCGUGCUGUACCCUAAAUAAAGAUGGGCACGCUUUAUACUUUAUUUUCUUCAGGUUUUGCAGACAGGGAAUGAAAUUAAUGAACUUGAUCACAGUGGAUUCAGCACCCAAACAUCAACUGUGUUUGUCGGGAACAUCGGCAAUAAGCGAUACAUUCUACAGGUUUCACCCACUUCUAUGAGACUCUUGGAAGGAAGUAAGUCAGAAAAAUAUACAAACAGAUUGGAGGUUAUUGGUCUACACAUAGGGUGUUUAAAAAAGUUAUAAAAAUGAAAUAUUAUUUUGUAUUUAUUUAUAUAUGUGUUCAGUGAAAAAGUAAAGGUUUUCUUUUUCAAUGGUGAGUCAAAUGUCAGUCCAUUCAGAAUUCUGACGAUUUCAAAUAAUGGAAGUUUUUGGUUUCACAUUUUUAAGUAACAAUACAAUUUCUCCAAAAAAAAAUUGUAAUCCACUGAGACGUUUUUUUCAAAUAAUGCACAAUGCCGGUUUUUUAGUGUCUGUUUUUUUGAAAGGGCAAACUCAAACGACCAAGUUUUCAAUUUAAAAAAUCUUGAGCAUUUCUGUUUGCAUUUAGAUCAAUGAGACACAAACAAUUUUUGUAAAUAAUACAAUAAAUGUUAAGCUUUAAUUAUGGUAACACAAAAUACAAAGUCUAAUGUUUCGUCAAAUGCCUUCAUCAGUACAACAAAAAACAUUAAUAUAAAUAUAAAUUAAAUGUACAUAAUGUAUAUAUAUUUAUCCUACUUAUACCUAAAAAUGAAAGUAACGAAUAAAAAUGGGCACAAGUCCCUAAUGAAAACAAAGGACAGAAGAGCAAGAAUGGGCACAAAUCUCUAACAAAACAAAGCUCAGAAGAUCGGAAAGAAAGUGGGUGGAAGUAAAUUUGUAUUUAUAAUUAUUUUUAAAAAUCUUUUCGUUUCAGUUAAACAAAUUCAACAUAUACCUGUUGACUUAGGCUCAUCGAUACAAAGUUGCUCUGUCUGUGACCCUCAUGUUGUAGUGAUGGGAGCUGAGGGGCAAAUGAUGAUGUUUACACUGAAAGAUGACCGUCUCAUGGGAGGUGCCAGAUUGUCGGCCAGUAAAAUGCCAAUACCACAAGUAUGUAGCGUUUUACAAAAAAUAUAAGAAGAGGGUAAAGUGCAUGUGUUUUUAAUGGUGGGCAUCACCUUCAGAAAAAAAUGAUAUCACAAUCUGGAGUAGGGUAAAAUGAUUAGAAAUAGACGUCCUGAUGAAAAUAAACAUCAUUUAAAUUGAGAUUUAUAAUAAAGCAGUUCAGAUUUUCUAGAAAGCCUUAAAAAAAGUUUGAAAAUACUAUUUUGAAUUGACAAAUCAUUAUAUUCAACAAGUCUAAAUAUGAAGCAAAUGCUAAAAAUCAUCAUGAACUUUCAAAUGUAGCUCAGUUCAAAGGGUUUGCAAGAAGUAUGCAGAAGCAGAUCUGUGACCAUCUAGCUUGCAUUUUGUCUAUGGGACUGUUUUUACAUACUGUUAUAUUAUUUUGCAAAUUUAUCAGUUUUAAUAUUUGGCUCGUUUGUUGAACAAUACAUAACAAAGGACUGAAAACUUGAAUACAAAGAAAAAUGAUAGCAAAAUAUUAACAAUAUUCAAUUUAAUUUUACUAUUAAAUUUAUGCAAAAAUUCAAAAUCAAACAAUAAAAAAUAAAAUAUAUAUUCACUUUCAGCACAGCAAGUGUAAAAACUUUUGGGUCGCCACAAUGCUACAUUGAAGUAAAAUUGGGUCAAAACAAGGCUAUAACACUGUUCACAUCAGAUUAUCACAGCAGGUUGUCUAUAAGACUGGUCCCAUCAGAUAAUCACAAUAGGUUGUCUAUGGGACUUUUCCCAUCAGAUUAUUAUAGCAGGUUGUCUAGGGGACUGUUCUCAUCAGAUUCUAAUUCCUCAUAGACACUGUUAUGAAUUUAACUCAGAAUAAGAGGCUGUAUAUACCUUUUUGCUUAAUGGAAUAAGAUGCAGAGUGAUGUAAACCCUAUCUUAUGAAGAUUAUAACAAAGGUUGAACAAUACAUGGAUGAUUUAUCCCCAUUAUGCUAAUAAAAUGUAAUAAUUAAUGAGGAAUAAAACAUAAGAAAUGGUUAAUGCACAGGUCAAUCAAAUUAGGCCUGAUGUGGAGAAAUAGGUUAACGUUUGCUGCCUGUAAUAGAUUCAGGCAGAGAUACAAAGCCUCAUGGCUAAAUGAGUUUUAAUAGACUGAUAUCAUUAAUUUCAUAUCAAAUUAUGUUUUUUUCAGGGAACAUUUAAACAUUUAUUUAGACAGCCAGAAUAGUGUCAGAAACAGAGUGAAACAAUUUCUUAUAUAUGACUGCCUAUAUAGACAAAGCUAAAGGUCACAUAUAUCUCAUUGCCCCACUGACAAGUUAUUUUAAAAAUUUUUUCUGUGCUUUGCUUCCCACAGAAACCACGCAUAUUAGCAGUGACCACCUAUAAAGACUACAGUGGUCUUUUUGUCACGGAGACUCCUAAAGCUGAAGAUUUAGUCACAAAAAUUGAGCAAGUGAGGCCGGCUGAAAAGGCUCCAAGUUUCAAACCAGAGUAAGAGUGAAUACAGUUUUAAUCAUGAUUUCUGUUGUUUGUUUUCUCCAAGCAAUGUGUGGUUUACAUCUGUAUCAGAGCUGCACCCAAAGAGCAUACUGCUGAAAAGAAAAGAAAAGCAAUAUUCACACAUUUCUUUUUAAAUAAAAGAUUUGACCUAAUUUUUUUACAAACAUAAUAUUUUUUGUUCAUUGGCUAUAUUUUCAAAUUAUCUUUAUUCAUUUUACAAAUAAACUAUAAUUUCUUAUGUGCAAUAGAUACUUAUCUCAUCCAAUUUAUUAACUUUAAUUCUUUUUUUCCUUCCUCUAAUUAUACAGUGAAGUAGAUGAUGAAGAUGAACUGUUGUAUGGGGACACUUCAAUAUUCACUGUGCCGGAAAAGAAGCCUAGUGGAGAUGCAAAAGAUAUGUAUGUCUUCACUUUCACCAUCCAUCAUAUUGUCUUCUAACAUUUUGUCUUUUUUACUGUUUUAAGCUAACAAUCGGUAAUUGGAAAUAAGCUUUUAGAAUUGUUCUCUUUCAUACUUACAUUUCCAGCUAAUGGAUUCAAAGUCAAUUAAAUAAUUAAUAUCACAUGAGGUGUUGAAGCAGUAGAUAUGUCUUAAUCCUUUUUCAAAACGUGUUCUUAAUUUAAUUUUUUUUUCAAUAUUUUAAAAGGACACUGGUACUCUAUAAUUUAUUGUUUUUACACAGCAUUGAAUGAUAGUGGGCGAUGUUAUCAAAUGAUGCAUUGAUGAUCAUCAUUGAAUUUUUACUGAAACUUUUUAAAGAAGCUUUCACACUUUUUACAUUGCAAUUAACAAGUUUUUUUUGUAAACACUAAUUGACAGACAACUUGAGACCAAGAAAAAGGAGAUUAAAGUAUCGUCAUGGCUACUGAUAUCUAGAGAACAUGGGCAGCUUGAGGUAAAGACCACCAACUUGGGCUUCCAUUUAGUGCCAAAUAAAAUAUCUUGAAAUUAUCAUGUUUUAAAUACACUUUUUUGAUGAAAUCAAAGUGUUGAAUGACAAACAUUUAAAGAUCAGUAGUUUAUUUUGGAAAUGUGAAGCAGGGGGGGUCUAAUGCUCUAAAUAUAUAGUAGGUUUUUUUAAACUUACAUUGCUUUGAAGAGGAGCCCGUUUGGGAGUACUGAUCAGGUUUGUUUGAAACUGUGUGGGGCAAGGAAAUUAAAAAAAUCAAAAUCCUUUCAUGUAUAAUAUAUAGAUGGCACACAAAGACAUCAUAGUUCCCUAAUUGCCGUAUUUGGCUGUUGAUUGAAUACUUCCUUGAGGUGUUGUUUUUAAAAUAAGUUAUCACACAAAGGCACCAGACAUAUCGUACCAUAACCAAAUGUGGUAUCCAUGUAUCAACAAUUGAUAAAAUUCAAGAUGUGGUUGUCCACAGAUAUACAGUUUGACAGAGUUCAAACUGGUCUACACAGUCAAAAGUUUUCCACUUGGUCAAAGGACUCUGGUAGACAGUGGGCCAUCUUUUGAUCCUACCAAAACAGGGUGAGUCAUGCUUUUCAAAGAAGUAUUUUUUUAAUCUAAUCAUACUUUCAUUAGUAUCUUCUUUUUGCUAGUGUUCAAAGACUUUAAGUUCCACCUAAAUAAAUAUAUAAUGCAUUAUGUGUUAAACAAUGGUUAGAAAAUGAGAUAUAUUUUUUUUUUUUAAAUAAAGGGUUAUACUGGAAAGAUAAUUAGGUUUUUAAACUUUUGCAGGAUGACUUCAGAGAAAACCAGCACAGGGGAAAUGCCUGUUGUGAAAGAAAUUCAAAUGUUUGGCCUAGGACAUAAUAAAUCACGUCCUUAUCUCAUGGUUUGUGGCAUCAAAAGUUUUCACUAAAUUUAUGCAUAAUAUACAAUAAUGCAGUGGCGUAGCGGGGGGGGGGGGGGGGGGGGGGGGGGGGGGGGGAGUGCGGACCACACCGGGUGACACCAUCGCUGGGGGUGAAACACCAAAUUGAAUAAAUGCAUAUUUACAAACUGCUUGGUCUUACCAAAUUUCUAAAAAGAUCACAAGUAAAUUUUCCACACAUGUAACCAAUCCCAAUGCGUGCUUUAAUUGCGUCAGAAAUGAGGUGACCUAUAAUUAGGUCAGAAAACACCGCUUUAGCCAUGACUCAACACCGAUUGAAGUGUUUGGUAAGUUUCGUAAGUGACGGGAAGCUAUUUUUAUCUAAAUUCUGAGAAAUAAAGCUUGUCAUUGAUACUAAAUACCAUGUGGUCGGGCAAUUUCUAAGUACAUGAAUCAAUCGGUAACAAGUAAAAACAUGAAAAAAUAACUUUUUACUCAUGUAUAGGGUUAAAAAAAUAAUAUUUUCAAAUAUCUUUUAAUAAUUAAUUUAAUUUUUUUUUUUAAUGUUUUUGAAACCAAAUAUAUAGAAAUCCAGAAAUACUAAAAAAUUAAUAUUUUUGCCGAUUUGUCACUAGCACCGUCCCUUAAAAUUUGACCCUGAUUGUCAUAUUUUGAAACUUGGGUUUUACCUGCCACCUUUUGUGUGUUUUAUUUUGGAUAGUGCUCUGAUUGACUGUUGCUUUUGCACUGUCGAAAGUAAUUAUUUCGUUUAUUAUCUACAACACAAUGCAAUGAAAGCAUUUUUAUUUUUGAGGACUAUUCUAUCAUGCCACAGGCUUGCACAAAUCUAAAAGGCCUAGUGGCUGCCAGAAGUGAAAAGCAAAAAAGAAGCGAUGUGACUUACUAAAAUCACUACCAGGAUCCAUGAUGUGAUAUGUCAAGAAACUAAAUGAUGACCAGGGUUAAUCAAAUGAUGUUCCUCAGCCUACCACUGAUUCAUUGAUACUGAUUCCUCCGAUAUGAUGUUCCUCAGCCUACCACUGAUUCAUUGAUACUGAUUCCUCCGAUACCAGCAGCAUGCAUUCUAUAGUACAGAAAAUGGAAGAGAUUGACGUGGAAUGUUGAUUCAAACCAAGAUACUGUAAACGUGAUGCUUAAUGACAAAAACCGUCACAUUUGAUCACAUGCUUCUCUCUGGGAUGUACCAGUUCCAGAUUAUUUUCUGGUCUGAAAUUAUUAAAAUAUGGAGUAUAACCUCGUUUCAGAUCAAAGACGGACCAUUCAGCGUAGUGACAAGGGAAGAUGGUAAAUCUAAAGGAGAUGUGCGCCAACUAACAAAACAAUGGAUCUACAGGAUGAUGCCAAAUGACGAGAAAAUGAUGGGAUCGUGGAUGGUUUAUUCACUCAUCAGUCAGCAAUGGUUGUUUUUUUUUUUUAUGCAGAUUGUUUGCUGUUAAUGUUACAGAAUCAACAUCCAAAUUUGUUACAUGGGUUUAUAAGUCGUGGAAACUGAGCCCAAAUUUUACAAAAAUAAUGAGGCAUUGGAAAAGCACCUAUGUCGCCUUGAAAAAUGGAAAAAAUUGUCAGCAGGACAAAUCUAAAAACAUGAUGGACCAGAUAUAAUGAUAUGCAGAGCUCAAAGUUACAAGAAUACUGCCACAAUGUCUGGGUUCCAUUGACUUGCCCAGGCCAUUCUAUAAAGAAAAAAUAAGAAAGCAAUUAGUAAUGGAUGUUUGGGCCAUUCACUUAACUUGUGUGGUCAACACUCUUUUGCCAAAAAAGGCUUCAUGUGUUUCAUUUGUCGAUACUCUUGAAAGAAUAUCUUCCUUCUUUGAUGCAUUCACUCAUUGAAAAGAUGUUUUAAUUGUACACUGUAAUGUCUGUGAAAAGAAUAAGAUUGUCAACAACAAAUUGGAGUACUCAUCAUGCUGCUGUUAAAACAGUGAAAGAUAAGUUUGAUAAGCUCUAUGAAAUACUCUUAAAAAUUUGGAUACCAGAGGUACAGCGCAAGGUCUUUUGCAUGCUGUCUGUGAUUUCACAUUUAUCUGCUAUCUUUACCUUUGGGCUGAUCUACUUGAGGAAGUUAUCUUACACAGCAGUAUCUGCAGACUAAAGGCUUUACUCUUGUGUCUGCACGAGAAGCGCUGUCACUUGAUCGAACAUGCUAAUGAAAAGGCACUUUUAAAAUCAAACAAAUAUGGAAUUUCGGUAGAGAGAAGAUUAAAGUUUAAGAAGAGAAUGGAAAGGGAAUAAUUAAUAGAUGCUGGACUCUCUUUGCGAGAAGAAAACAGUGGGGAGAUGCUGGAGUGUAUUAAUCACUUUCAUUCUGAAUGCUAGAUCAGAUUAUCAGCGAUCAAGGAAGUAACAGAUAUAUUUAUGGAUGUUCAACCAAAGAGUCUACUAUCAGAAAGUGAAGAAGAGUUAUUGGUUAUGUUCCAGAAUUAACCUCUUUCUAUGAUGAGUUAUCAGAGGAUGAACUUUUUAAAAUAAAUACCAACGCUUAGAGGAAACUUAACAGGCAGCUGAUGUUGAAGUCAUAGACUUGUCAGUAUUUGGUAUUUUGAAAUUCACAGCUAAACAGGACUUCCUAGAAUCUCUUCCAAUACUCUUGCUAAGCCUUCAAAUGUUUCUUACGAUCUGUGUCUGUGGCUUCAUGUGAGCAGAGCUAUUCAAAACUAAGGCAUAUCAAGAACUAUUUACAAUCCACCAUGCAGCUUUGCAUCUUUGAAGACCAGGAAAGGAAAAUUUUAAAUAAAGUAAAUUUAAUGUAAAAGUAACUAGAACUUAAUGUUGUUACAGUUCUUAGAUACAUUUACUUCCUGACCUUCAAUAAAUUUUUUCUUGUCAUUGUUAUACUGUGGACUUAUUUUAACAAGAAGAAAUCCCUCGGGGGUGGGGGGGGUGUUUGGGUGGAGAGAGAGAACGAUGAACCAACCCUAGCUACGCCACUGCAAUAAUGUAUAGGUGAUAGUCUCAAACCUAUGUGGAUUUUAUUACCAAUUCCAUUUACGUCUGAACAUGUCAGAAAUUAUAAAAAACAUUUUAUGACUCUAAAUUUAUUGAUACAUCCAAAACAUAUUUAUGGCUUUGAAAUUGAUCUACUGAUUAUGGACCCCAUUUCAUUUGAGAUUAACACAUUCAUAUUUUACAGGCAAGAGUCGAAGAAGACUUGCUUAUCUAUGAGGUCUUCCCAAGGGUGCCCAGUGCAGCAGACAUUCAGAUGACAGGAGAGCACCUUCGUAUCCGUUUUCACAAAGUAUCACAUGAAUUAAUUCUGCGAGAGAAACCGUCGCACGCGCGGAGGAAGGGUGAAGACGAUGAUGAGCCGCCUGAUGAGAACACGCCUCCUGACCACAUCCAGCAGCUGCGAUACUUUGAUGAUGUGUCUGGCUACUCUGGGGUAGGAUCAAUUACAGGAUUAGAUUAUUUAUACAAACCAGUCCUCAUUCUAGCAAAGAAUGAAUGAUAAAAUAUUAAAGCAUUACUUAUUACUUUACUAAUGACCUUAUGGAAAAGAUGAAGUUACCAGUUCUUUAAGCCCUAAUUCAGUUCUUGUUUGUAUGAAUGUAAUUUGGCCUUGCUACCACAUAAUACUACUACUUUAUAACGCUGAAUCUUCUCUUUUAUGAUUAACUGUACAAAACAUUGAUAGACAUUGGUUUGAAUUAUACAAAGUUCGUUCAACCACGCAUGAAAUACACUUCCAAAAGGCUGCAGCUAAGUUAUGAUACUUGAAUUAGGCAGGUGAUUAGACAAAGUUGGCCAGAAAUCUAAAUCUAAAAAUAAAUAAAUAUAUAUCUCAAAUUACAACUUUUACCAUUCUGAUGUACACAUUUUUUUUGCGUGUUUAUUAUAUCCAGGUAUUCAUAUGUGGCCCUUAUCCUCACUGGAUGUUUAUGACAAGUAAAGGAUCUCUUAGGAUUCAUCCCAUGGGGAUUGACGGAUGGGUCACCUGCUUCGCCCCAUUCCACAAUGUUAACUGUCCCAAAGGAUUUUUAUACUUCAACAGAAAGGUCUUUUAUAGCUGCAUUAUAAACAUUUAGAGCAUACUAUUGCUUAAGUUAUUCACGCCAAUAAUUUAGCACAAUUAAUGCACACUAUUACUAUGUGAUCAGCAUUAUUUUUAUCCAGUAGCCAUUUGCACAUGUGAUUGCUGCCAUGUUGUUGUAGUCUGGUGUGUUCGCAGGUAGUUUAGGAGUAAGUCCUGAGUUCUGGGAAGUGGAAAAGGUGAUGUGUUACUGUGAUACAUGGCAAUUAUUUAAUCAUGGAAAAUACGCAAUCAAAGAAACUAUUACUACAGUGAUGCAUGGCCAUACUUGAAUAAUGAAAUGCAUAUAUAUGGCAAUAAUUUAAGAAAUGAAAUGUACACAAUUAAACCAUAUUAAUUUAGUAUCAUUUGGUGUUAGCUCACCUUAAAAAACACAUUAUUUUUUUUAAAGGAAGCAUAUGUCAAAAUCAAUGAAAUGGAGAUAUUUUUUUUUAAUUUGUCAGUCUGACCUGUGUAUCUGUGUGCUCCCAACUCAUGUAACAUAUGACGCUCCAUGGCCCAUUCGUAAAGUACCUCUCAGGUGUACACCCCAUUACAUCACUUAUCACAGUGACAGCAAGGUAAGCAUCCAGAUAGCUGUGGCACUAAAUUAUUGUAGCUGAUGAUAUUUUGUGUCAUGUGUUACUAAGGACAACUCUCUCUUUCUUCCUGUUAUGUUGGUAAAACUGCUAUCAAACUAUUUUAUUAGCCUGAUUUCUAUGAACUAUUACAAGAUCAUUUUCAUGCUAUAUUUUGUAUUCUACGUUUUUAAUGGAUUUCUGCAUGGAAAACAUUUCCCAACACUAUCUUAAGUGUAACUUCAGUUAUUAAUAUCAGUUGUGAAAGUGAGAAUUUAAUUUGAUCCCUGAGUUUAAAGCCUUUUCUUCCAUCCAAUAUGUUAAUAAAGUAUUUUGUUUCUAAAGAAAAAUAAUAAUUAUUUUUAUUUUAAUCCAGUGCUUUUAAAUUUUAAGAAAUAAUUUAAUUUGUCUCUGCUGCUUUUUCUAACAGCUUUAUGCUGUUGUUACAAGUAUAGAGGAAAGCACCAACAAGUUCCCCCGAGUUAUGUCAGACGACAGGGAGUGGGACUAUGUGGAAAGAAGUAAGUCAAGGGAAGAUUCAUUCAAGUACCAGAUUCGAAGAGUGAUUCCUGGGCCCAUCUGUGUUCCUGGCCCAUCUGGGUUCUGUCACAUCUGUGGUCAUCAUAUGUGUGUUCUGUCACAUCAGCUUCUAAUAUAUCAAAGCGAACCCAAUGACUAAAACAAAAUUUAGAUUUAAUCUAAGACACUAAGAGGGUUCUGUUGUAAAAUCUUUCAAUUAAAAUAGGUAGACGAUUUUAUUUUUUGUGUUUAGAUAUUACUAGGCAAUAUACCCAAGCCCAAAGUUUUCAUUAAAAAAUUGUGUUUAAAUUUUGGGAUUCAUAUGACUGCAGCAAAAAUAUAUAACAUUGCUUUUCAAAAAAUUCUCAGAUGAGAGGUUUAUAUACCCAAAUAUGAGCAAAUAUACCGUCCAGCUUUUCACCCCAAGUACAUGGGAGGUCAUACCAGAUACCAGGUAUUUAUUAUUUGUAUCAGAUACCAGGUAUUUAUUUGAACCAGAUACCAGGCAUUCAUUUUUUAUACCAGAUAUCAGGUAUAUAAACUGGAUACAGGUAUUCAUCAUUUAUACCAGAGUCCAGGUAUACAUUAUUCUUGUAGAUAUAAAUGUGUUUUUAAUGAAUGAAAACUUGUACUCUUGAGGAAACCAACAGGAAUUUGAGGGAUAAACAUUGUUGAGAAAUUAUUAGUACUAUAAACAUAGUUGAGAAAUUAUUAGUACUAUAUAAACAUUGUUGAGAAAUUAUUAGUACUAUAUAAACAUUGUUGAGAAAUUAUUAGUACUAUAACAUAGUUGAGAAAUUAUUAGUACUAUAUAAACAUUGUUAAGAAAUUAUUAGUACUAUAAAUAUUGUUGAGAAAUUAUUAGCACUAUAAACAUUGUUGAGAAAUUAUUAGUACUAUAAACAUAGUUGAGAAAUUAUUAGUACUAUAUAAACAUUGUUGAGAAAUUAUUAGUACUAUAUAAACAUUGUUGAGAAAUUAUUAGUACUAUAACAUAGUUGAGAAAUUAUUAGUACUAUAUAAACAUUGUUAAGAAAUUAUUAGUACUAUAAAUAUUGUUGAGAAAUUAUUAGCACUAUAAACAUUGUUGAGAAAUUAUUAGUACUAUAAACAUUGUUGUGAAAUUAUUAGUACUGUAAACAUUGUUGAGAAAUUAGUAGUAUCUUAAUUUUUGUGCAAAUAACUUUUCAUUAGGUAUGACUGUGAAGACUGGGAGCACAUCACUUGUUUGGAAAAUGCGCAGCUAAAAUCAGAAGGAACUAUUUCUGGUCUGAAAGGGUUCGUAACCAUGGGAACAGCUUACUGCAUGGGAGAAGACGUGGUAGCACGCGGACGUGUAAGUACUCAAUGUAAUCACAGUUAAGCAUUUGGUUGCACGUGGACAUAUAAGUUCUCAGUGGAAUCAAAGUUAAGCGUGUCACUUUUUUUUUUUUUUUGCUGAGGGUAAAGUCAAAAACAUCAUUAUGAUAGGGACUUGUGUAGUUCAGUCCACAUCACUUGAGAGUUACUGCAAGUCAUCUGGAAUAUAAAGGCCAAUAGAAUUCUAACAGUUUAAAGGGAUCUGAGACAGCUACUUGUUACACAUACUUUAUUAUUUCAAUUUUCAGAUCAUCAUACUCGAUGUCAUUGAGGUAGUUCCUGAACCAGGUCAGCCACUUACAAAGAAUAAAAUCAAGGUGCGUACAAUAUUCUACACAAGAAAUUAGCAAUCUUGAAGGGGUUUGAAAUUUUGUUUUUACUUUUUUGUACCAUGACUGAUGCGUGGUAAUAAUCUGGAUUGUAGAUGUCAUAAAAAUAAUAACUAGACAUAUGUUAUAGCUUUAAAUUGUCAUGUCUCAGUGUAAAAUUAUCAUGAUAGUAAUGUAUGAUUUUUUUAAAAUUGUCAUGUCUCAGUGUAAAACUGUCAUGUAAUGAGUGCAGUGAGGGUUUUAAAUUGUCAUGCCUUCUGUGUAAAAUUGCCAUGUAAUUAGUGCAAUGAUUAUUUUGACCAAUGGUUUGGAUGCACCCCUUGCUUGGGUUUGGUGGACUAUUUUCAAGUAGGAAACUUACUCUCUCAUGAGCAUCGCAAUGUGGUCAGCUGAUGUGUUUAUUUUGAACUGGGACUGGUUCACCAAACAACAAGCAGCUUUGUUGAUCAUGACCAAGACUUGAUCAUUUUAUACUUCUCUCGAUGGUAGUAGAGAAAGUUAACAGUAGUAAACUGAAACACAACUAAUCGAGUACAUUUAUUGCACUUACUUAUGGGACCCUGCAGCCAAAUCAGGGUUGCCAGGCGUCCAUAAAUUUGAGGACAGUGCUUAAAAAUUUGACCUUAAAUGACUUGUCUGUAAAAAUAAUAAAAUUUUAAAUUGUGGAGUUGGCUACCCAGGAGUUUUAUCCAGCCAAAUGUUUAAAAACUUUUACUUGUACAGUCAUCUGUUUUAUCAAUGAUCAUUUUCUGGUGAAAAAGUUUAAAUAUUUGAAAACUGACUUGAAUCUCUCAAAUAGGUGUUGUAUGAUAAAGAACAGAAAGGCCCUGUUUCAGCAAUAUCUUACUUGAAUGGUUUAUUGGUCACAGCCAUAGGACAAAAGGUAAAAACUAGUAGCUACUAAAGACACUUUGAAAUUUGAAUGACUGGUGCAGGCAAAUGACAUGGGCUGUAAGGAAUUAAUUAAAACUAUAGAAGGUGAUUUAACAUUGACAACCCCCACGAUUAAUUUCAAGCUAUUGUGAGGCAAUGUGAUGUGUCAUAGCUACUCCAUUACCCCCCCCCCCUCAUUGUGAGGCAAUGAAUAAAAAAAAAAAUUAAAUCAAACACACACCUUUAAGCAAAGUGGGAUAUGGGAGGGAGGGGGGGUGUGUGUGUGUGUGUGUGUGUGUGUGUCAUCACUUGACCCUGGUAAUGUGAUGUGUCAUAGCUACUCCAUACCCCCCCCCCUAUAAAAGUAUAAUUCUGCAGUCAGAUAAAAAUCCCGCCCUUCAAUAUAUGGGUAAAAUUACCCCCACCCCUUCCCACACUAAGGGUUGCAUUGAUUACGAAAUUGGCUGCUUACCAAUAAUUGGCCGAUACUGGUUAAACGGCCACCAAUUAAUUAUUUUAUAUUUGGCUUUGAAAUGCGUAUUAUUGAGGCCUAAUUAAUAAUUGUUCAUAGUUUAUUACACUAUUUUAUAAUGAAUUAUAAUAUAAAACAACAUAAUUAAUCACAAUUCCUAGAGUUAAUAUUUGGAAUACAGCAGUGUUUCACAAAAUUGGGCGAACACCCAACUUUAGGACAAUUUUAAGAAAAUGGGGUCAGUCAUAUUGACUCUGAGAGAUGGAGAUGUAUUUCAUUACAAAGACAGUAAAGUUGGGCAGGACCUCUUUCUUUUUAAAUCCUCCAACUGAGGGGACAUCAACCAUUUUUAGGUUAUUAGGUGGGGCAUGGUUCAAAAUAGUGGGAAAACAUUGGGGAAUGGGUCUAUGGGUAAACCAUAACAAUAGCCUUAAAAGGUUGAAGAACUAGAAGUAGAGGCCGGUCACUCAUACAUUUGAACCUUGGGCCUAAACGCACACAAUUAGACUCUGAUAGCUGGUGCUAAAAUGACCAACUAGCUCUCUGCAAAGUUAUUUUGAAUCUCAAAGUGAUGUAGCUGGUAGUAUGUCACUGGAAAUGAUCACUUGCACGUAUGCCAUCGCACAUGUCACAAUAAUAAUAAUAUUAUUAUUAUCUUUGAAUUAAUUUGCUUAAGUUUAUGUAAAGAUAAAUUUAUUUGAAAAUGCUGAGUCAUUGUGUCAACACUGACAGGUCACAAAAACAAAAAUACAAUUAUGGGGGGGGGGAGGCUAAGAAAUGUAAGAAAGCACACCUAGUCUCCCAGCUACGCUCCUAGAUAAAAUUCAAAGAGCACAGAAUAAUGCGGGUCGCAUUGUUUUUCGCAAACGCAAAUUCAACCCGGCUAAAACACUUCUGAGGCAGCUGCACUGGCUGCCGGUUUGCGCUCGCAUAGAGUACAAAAUUGCAACUUUGUGCUAUCGCUGCUUGCAUGACCUGGUGCCAUCUUAUCUCAAAGCACUCAUGACGCCUUAUGUAUCCACUAGAGAGCUCCGCUCAUCCGAUAGUGGCAAAGUAUCGAUACCGUGUGUUCGCCUUGAGACUUACGGAAAGCGCACUUUUGCAUUUGCCGGCCCAACAAUUUGGAAUGCCCUUCCAGUUCUCUCAGAAACAGCCAGACACUAGUGUGGUUUAAAACCGAUUUAAAAACACAUCUAUUUCGCAAACACCUUCUGGGGUGAUGCUAUCUACAUCUUUUUCCGUUAAUGUAUAUUGGCUUGUGUUGCUUAUGGUUGAAAUGGGAUAAAAGACCUUGACUUGGUAUGCUCGUAUGUAGUUUUAUAUUCUUGCGUCUGUUUUUAAAUGUGGUUGUUUGAGAUUGUUUUUAUUUCUCUUUUUUAUAUGGUUGACUUUGUACCGCGCUUCGAGCUUUUGGGGAUGAAGCAUGUUUUUCAAAUAAACUUUAUUAUUAUUAAAUGUAUGAAAGCUUGCCUAGUCUUGUACAUACAUAAGCUUGUAACCAUUUGAUGUGUCGGUGAAUUGUUUGUGCUGAGUUCAAAAGUGGUCUAACUUUUGGCCGUCACUCAAUUUCCCCAGAUUUACAUAUGGUCUUUAAAAGACGACGAUCUGUCUGGUGUGGCUUUCAUUGAUUCCCUCAUCUACAUUCACUCCCUACACGUCAUCAAAAACAUAAUCAUUGCAGCAGAUGUGCUCAAGAGCAUUGCUCUUUAUCGGUUUCAAGAGGAUCUACGAGUCUUGUCCUUUGUUAGCAGGGUGAGUAAAACUGCUCAUUUUGCUACUAUCUAAGAAUCAGGUCUGUAUGCAGAAAGUUUUGAAUGAGGUAUCUGAAAUUAUUAUACCCGGUAACACCAAUUCAAAUUGAUGUUUUCAAUUGUAAUUUGGCAGGAUUUUAAAUGCAAGUUGUUUUUUUUUUAAAGAGCACAAGUCUUGUUAGUUUACAUCUAUAGAAAAUUAACUUAUUACAACUGACAUAGUUGAAUAUGUACACACAGGAUAUCAAGCCAUUAGAGACUUACGCUGCUGAAUUUAUGGUAGAUGGGGACACACUCAAUUUUGCUGGUAAGAUGAAUUUUUUUUAGCCUGCUCAUUUGAGCACAUAUAGCCUAGUAAAUUUUUAAAUAAGGUACUUAUACUCUGAGGUGGCACUGCUCCUGCUUAUAGCUUAUGUCCGAAAAAUGGCACAUUUAAAAUUUUGAUGGCAUAAAAAAAAAUGUGUUGCUCAUUUUCAUUCAUAAAUAUAUUCAGUAAAAGAUUUUUCCCUUCCAGUUGUUUUCAUUUGAAAUUUCUUUUAGUACUUAAACUAGUUCAAAUCUACUGCUCCCACAUGCAUGGCCGAAGCAAACGAAAAAGCUGCGCCCAGGGAAAUUUUAGGUGCCCUCUUCCCGAAAAAGUAUACACAUAUUGUGCAUAAGAAAUUACAAUUUUGGGGCUCUCUGAAGAUGGGCUCUUCAUACCACCACCCCCACCCCCCCCCCAACCCCCCACCCUUUUUUUUUUAAGCACAGCCCUGCCUACAAAAGAUGGGCUCUUCAUACCACCACCCCCUCCCCCCCCCCAACCCCCCACCCUUUUUUUUUUAAGCACAGCCCUGCCUACAUAUACGAAAAUGUGAUAUGCAAUUUUGUACAAUCUGUAAAGAUUGACACAUCCAGUUAACACACAGUAUUUGUGACUUUGGCUUUAUGAGAGCCUUCUUUUCACUUGAAAUAAACUAUCAGGCUGAGUGAAUCAUUUCACAUACUUGCCUGAUUAGCUCAAAAUUUAAGCACUUUCUGCCCUUGCACACUGUAAAUUUUUUUACUUGGUCAGAAGGCCAGAGAUAGUGUUGAUUGGGUAGCUCUGCAUAUUCACAGGCAUCUGUUUUAGUUAUGUUGAGUGGGUAGCUCUGCGUAUUCGCAGGCCUCUAUGUUAGUGAUUUGAAUCAAUUAAUUUAUUAUGAUAUGUUAUUUAUAAAACUAUUGUUAAUACACCUAUUAGUGACUCAUAAGCUGUAUAUAUGGAAGCUUGUGAACAGGAUUGUAGCCACCUCAUAUAGGUCAAAUACUGACUAUAUUGGCCCGAGGAGUUGAUGUAGGCUGCUGCAAAAUGAGAGCUGGGCAUUAGUUGAUAUUUUAUAAUAUUUUGUACUGAUAUUAAGCUGUUAGUGUUAGUAUAAAUGCAAUUUUUAACUUUAUCUCCUCACAGUUACAGACAGAAAUAGAAAUAUAGUCAUUUUGGCUUACUUACCAGAAGGUAAAUGUCUGUGUUGAAAUGUUGGACUAUUGAACUAAAUCAAAAGAUUACGGUACAUAAAACAAGAUAUAAAGUAAUGUGACAACAGCUUCAUAAAAUCUAUUUUGGUUUCUUUUUAGUAGGGGUGUUCAUUUCUUAAUACCGGUAUUUCACUUGUCAUUCUGUGUGACUCAUAGUGAUGAUAGUUAUCUAAAUUGUUAAAUCAAUUCUUACUGCCACUUCUUCACAAUGAAAUAUCAAGUCCAGUUUUACACAAUAUGCUAUUUAUUUACUUUAAACACAAUAAAUAAUCCUUGAAACAAUAACAAUAAUAUCAGUAAAAUAAGUGGAUAUGCAGGUCCAAGAUAUAUAUGAUCACUCCUUAUUCAUUCACUAUAUUAAUAUGGGUCCUCUUUCUUCAAAAUGUCUUAUCAACUCUUACUUCAAUAUCAUGAAAUUUACUCUAGCCAAUAAAAUAAGUCCCUAACUUCAUACUUCACUCAAAUAUUUCUCUGCUCAGUCUUGUGUGCAAAAAUCAUGAGUGUUGUGUACAAAAGCAUGUGUUACAAUAUGCAUGGAUUAUUUACUUUACUUUGUUAAUGUUAAAUGACAUGUAAGCUGUUAGUUUUUAAAACCACUUGUCCAUUAAUUGACGAGAAUCACAAUCAUUUAUCAAAAGGUAAUAAAGAACAUAAGUGUAAUAUUUUCAACCUUUACUUUCACCAACAAGCGCUUUAAAUUUACCUCCCAAAAACUGUACAUACUUCAAAUUUGUAUAAAGGUUUUCUUCUCUGAUGAUUUGAAUUUAUGUUAAACCUCAUUUCCAUUCAGUCCGUGAAAGUCAUGGAGGCAAUAGACUGUUGAGGAGGGCUGACUUUAACAUCGGUAGCCAUGUGAAUACAAUGUUUAGGGCCAGGUGCAAGAUGGAGGAUCCAUCGACCAGCAAGAAGAAUGUCGCUGCUUCAGAGAACAAACAUGUUACCUACUUUGGUAAUUUCUUCUUUUAUUUUCCCCCUUUAGAGAUUUGUUAAUUGCCAGUCUCCUUCAUUAUUUCGAAUGAGGUUUUUGUGAUGCAAAAGUAUUAGCAUUUUAUCAUUAAAGACACACAAAAUAACACAAUUGUUUUCUAACUUUGGUAUAUGCACUAGCAAUUUUGGUCCAAAUUGUAAUUACAUUGACAGUUCAGUAUUUUGUAUCUUCACUUAGCAACUCUUGAUGGAAGUAUUGGUUAUUUGCUCCCUAUUCAAGAAAAAGUGUUCAGACGUCAGCAAAUGUUGCAAGGAUCAAUGAUCUCUCAACUGCCCAGUCCCGCUGGUCUUAAUCCCAAAGCUUACAGGUAAUCAACAAUUUUAUUUGCCUGAAAACAAUUAUUUUUGUAUUUAGCCCAUUUUAUUGUGGAUAAAAGGAAAAAGCUUUGAGUGCAGAGUAGACUGCUGCAGAAAAUAACACAAAUCUCUCAAUCGAUUUUGCUAUUUAUUUGGAUUUCAUUCAUAUUUAUUUGCUUUGUGUUGCAUUACAUACAUUGUCAAAAAAUUAUAACACUAAAAAAUCUUGGAUUCCUCUUGCUUAUCAGUAUAAUAACAAAGUAUUUGGCUGUAAGAUUUCUUGAUCUCAAGAAGUUUUGCCCCUUGUAAGACUCGAUAAGAACUUGUGCACCUUUUAAGACACGCUGAGAGUAGUGCACCUUACUGUACUUACAACAGUUGCUUAGUCUCACACCUUGCAAGACGUAUAUUUUAACAGUGAAUAAGAUAUUUAAGAAAAACUUCACCCUGAGCAAUCUAAUCUUUAUUCUAGAGCAUUUAAGAGCAGUCGAGUGGACACCAACAACCCAAUGCGUAAUAUAUUAGAUGGAGAGCUGUGUUGGAAGUUUUUAUAUCUCUCUGCCAUGGAGAAAACCGAAGUGGCAAGAAAAAUAGGUACCACAGUUGAUCAGGUGAGAAAGCUUUGAUACUUUCAUUUAGUUAGUUUUGACUAUGCCUACCAUUUGAUACUUUUAUUUAGUCAGUUUUUUAAUAGGCCUACCAUUUGAUACUUUUAUUUAGUCACUUUUGAUUAGGCCACCCAACUGACACUUUCAUUAUGUAAGAUUUGACUAGAUCUACCAUUUGACACUUUCAUUUAGUAACAGAUUUGACUAGGCCUACCAUUUGACACUUUCAUUUAGUCACAGAUUUGACUAGGCCUACCAUUUGAUACUUUCAUUUGGUCACAUUUUUUUACUAUGCCUACCAUUGCCACAUGUUUACUCCACUAUUUACCGGACUUACUAAUAAGAACUUCGUUUGUGUUUUAUAUCAAAUAUGCAUUCACCUGUCUUUUCCUCCUCUCAGUGAAAACAAAAUGCUCGAAUGGAUUGCUUUUUUUAAAUUUGUGUUUCUCUCAUUAUCUUGUGUCAAAAAUGAUAUAUCUUAAUUUUUUUCUUUGCAGCUCAUUGAUGAUUUGAUGGAUGAUGUAUCUUAAUUUUGUUCUUUGCAGCUCAUUGAUGACCUGAUGGAGUUUGAUCGUUUAACAGCGCACUUUUAGGUGAAACUGUCAGGAAUAACUUGUGUACUUCAAUUCACACAUGAUUCUUACAGAUGGUGUGGAAAGCCGUUGAUUGUUAAAGUGGCACAGAUAGGAUUCUUUUUCUUUAAAUAGUAUAUAUUUUUUUUUAAAGUGACUCUUCAAUGCACAUGGCUUUACAGACCAACUUAUAUGUCACUUGGAAGUGUUUAAUGCAACUAUUUUGUUCUGGAGUGUAACUGUCACUGAUAUCAAUAAAAGAAUUUUUGUAACAAUAAACUUAUAUGCUUUAAGUAUAUUUGGUUUCAUCUGUCUCAAGUCCUGCCACUUGAGAUUUAUUUCAUCUCAUUAGACAUUCAAUAAAGGAAUGAAGCACCUUUUGGUUUUUGCCACAUGAAUUUAAGAAAUGAAUAUUUGUGUAUGUAAAUAAUGUUACUGUUAAUUUUUAUAAGAUUCAUAUGUUUUUUAUUGUCUCAUCUGGAUUUUGCAUCAUAUCAUUAUUUUCAAUAGCAUAAAAAUGAAUCUGCCCAAAGUUAUAGCCUAUUACUACAGUUACUUUUAUGGACAUCUUAACUUACUGCUACUGAAUUUUUAAUCCAGUUGUAUUGUUUUGCCCCAAAAUUUUACUUUUCAUCAGUUCCAUGUUGAAAACAUUAUAUACGGUAUAUGUAAAAGUGAGUUGAAGAAUAAUAUGGAAGUUAUCCAUGUCAACUUCAUUUAUAAAUACAUUUUUGUUCAAUGAAAUAUGACAUUUGCUGUCAUUUUUUAUAAGGAAUAUUAGCAUUUAUUCACUAAUUUUAGGAUAUAGAUUUGUUUACUGGUAUUUAUUUUCAUUUCU